UUCUUGGCUGGAGGAAGGAGACAAGUGAAAAUGAAUGAAGAGAUGAACGGUGUUGAGGUGGAGAAUCGCCAUGGGAAUGUUCCCGAGAGAAUAGAUUACGUGUUCAAAGUGGUGGUGAUCGGUGACUCGGCUGUUGGGAAGACUCAGAUUCUGUCCAGGUUUACCAAGAAUGAGUUUUGCUUUGAUUCCAAGUCCACCAUCGGGGUAGAGUUCCAGACCAGGACUGUUACCAUUCAGAGCAAAGUCAUCAAAGCCCAGAUCUGGGAUACUGCUGGUCAAGAAAGGUACCGAGCAGUUACAAGUGCGUACUAUAGAGGUGCGUUAGGGGCAAUGCUAGUGUACGACAUCACCAAGCGGCAGAGCUUCGAUCACGUGGCUAGAUGGGUGGAGGAACUACGGGCUCACGCCGACAACUCCAUCAUCAUCAUGCUGAUCGGGAACAAAGCCGAUCUAGUGGACCACAGGGCGGUUCCAACCGAAGACGCUGUUGAGUUCGCAGAGGAUCAGGGCUUGUUCUUCGCGGAGACGUCUGCUCUUAGCGGUGACAACGUGGAUAAAGCGUUUUUCAAGCUGCUCCAAGAAAUUUACGGUGUGCUCUGUAGAAAAUCGUUGGAGUGUGGUAACGUGAAACUCAACGGUGCUGAUCACGCCACGGCGUUGAAAGGGUCAAAGAUUGAGGUGAUCGCUGGUUCUGAUUUAGAGAUAAGUGAGAUGAAGAAACUAUCCACAUGCUCUUGUUAACUUCCUUUUCAAAUUAAGAGAAUGUUUGGUCUUUUAUUCCUUUA